GUGUGUGCCAGGGAAGUGGCCGAAAGGCGGGUGUUGUUAUGCGUCAGCUGAUGUCCAGAGUACAUCCCAGCUGAUAACUGCAGAUACCGUAAUUCCAGCUGAUAGAUCUCUGUGAGGCUGACAUCAUGGCAUUAUCAGCAUCACUUCUCCUUCGGCAGGGGCUGAGGAGUGGUUGGAGUGGAUACAUACGGUCGUGUGCAUCCAGUUACACAAUGGUUGCUCCAUCAAGAUCUCUUCAUGAUCAUCAGGGGUCCCUGCCACGCCUUCCUGUGCCUCCCCUUGAAGAGACCCUGAAUAAGUAUCUCAAAACAGUUAAACCAUUAGUAACUGAGGAAGAAUUCCAGUUAACUGAGGAAAUUGUUAAAAAGUUUGCUGCUCCUGGAGGUAUUGGACAACAAUUACAAGAAAAAUUACAGCAAAGGGCAAAGAAAUCUGACAACUGGCUUAGUGAAUGGUGGAUCAACGCUGCUUAUUUAGACUACCGCUGGCCUGUUGUGGUAUGGUCCUCUCCAGGCCUGGUUUUCCCAUUACAAGAAUUCAGAACACUGGAUGACCAGCUAAGCUAUGCUGCCAAAGUUAUUGUUGGAGCUCUUGAUUACAAGAAAAUGUUGGAUGAUAAAACUGUGCCCAUUGAUCACAUGGGCAAAGACCUCUUAGACAUGUCCCAGUAUUUCAAGAUGUUGGGAACAUGCCGUAUCCCAGGAGUUACACGGGAUUCCAUUGUAUAUCAUGGGCAGUCUGAAAAUCCUCCUAAACAUAUUGUGGUGGUACAUAACAAUCAUUUCUUCAAGAUAGAUGUUUAUGGAAAGGAAGGAAAACCCCUGACUAUAAAUCAAGUGUUGCAUCAGUUACGAAAUGUGGUUGAACGCUCUACCCAUCCAACCAGUCCAGUGGGUAUCCUCAGUACACAGAAUCGAAAUGUAUGGGGGAAGGCUUAUAAGAAACUUAGGAAGGAUAAACUGAACAAAGCAUCUAUUGAAGGAAAAUUCAGAGAUCUAUCUUCCUAUGAACAUACACCAGCAGAAGGUCCACCAAUUGCCAACUUAAUGGAUCAUAUAAUGAACUUCAUGGACAGCACCAUGAAAGAGAGGAAACUCCCAGCAAUUGAACUUGACAGACCUCAGCGCUUGAUGUUUAAUGUUAGUGAUGAUAUUAAACAAGAAAUAGAAGAUGCGAAGUGUGCCCUUGACAGCCUUGUAGAAGACUUGGAAAUGACUUGUUUCCUCUUCACUGGUUUUGGAACUUCCUUCAUUAAGUCACAAAGGCUUAGUCCAGACAGUUUUCUACAGAUGGCUAUUCAGUUAGCCUUCUACAGAAUCCACAAAGAACCUGGGGCUCACUAUGAGUCUGCAUCAACCAGGAGGUACCUCCAUGGUCGCACAGAAACAAUCCGCUCUUGCUCAACAGAGUCGGUAGAAUUUGCCAAGACAAUGUUAGAUGAGAAUGCUUCUGCUGAUGAAAAGGCCUCUUCUUUACGAAAGGCUGUUGAAGGACACAAGAAUUAUGCAAAGGAUGCUGUCCGUGGUUAUGGUGUUGACCGUCACCUCCUUGGCUUGAAGCUUUGUGCAAUUGAAGCUGGCAUGGAUGUACCCACUCUAUUUAUGGAUGUUGGUUAUAUCCGUAGCUCCCACAUGCGUCUCUCCACCAGUCAGGUCCCAGCACGCUGUGAAGCUUUUAUGUGCUUUGGCCCACUUGUACCUGAUGGCUACGGCUGUUGCUACAAUCCACGUCCAGAUUCAGUUGUAUUUGGAACAUCUGCAUUCAACUCGUCUCCAGAAACAGAUUCAGCAACUUUCCGUGCAGCUUUGGAGGAAAGUUUAAUGGAUAUGCAUGAUGUACUACUGAAGAGUGGACUGAAAGCCAAACUCUAGUGAGCAAAUAGAUAAUAUAGUUCUCUCACAUUACAUUAUUAAACAGUCUGAAGAAAAGCUAAUAAUAAAGAUUUUGUAAUAUUACUUUGGGCUGGGUAUAAAGCUCUUGCACUUAUAGGAAGUACAGCAAAAUGGAUUGCUCUCAAAGAUGAGAUUUGGAUCAGAGUAGAUUAAGUAAAAUCAAGUAAAUUAUUUAUAAUAAUAUUUGAAAUGUAGGUGGAUUCUAGAUUUUAAUUAGUUGUGUUUUUAUAUAUUGUAAACUGAAAGAAAAGUAUAAAUUAGUUCUGCUUGUUUUAGUCUCAUUGUUAUUGUACAAAACAGUGUAUUGUUACAAAUAGUUAUUACUGGUAUACUGUGUGAGGUUUCUAGUUACGUCUAUCAUCAAUGUAAAACAUCUUUUAAGUUCUUUAACUAUGGUAUGAUUAUUGCUGUUUAAUUAUUGAGAAGAAUGAAGUUAUAUUGCUGUACACAUUUUAGCUCCUUAAUGUAAGAGAGAAUUAUUAUGCCAGUAGUAUAUAUAAUUAGUUGUACUUUGUUAAUAUUUGUGUGAUAUACCAGUGAGUUUUUUCAUAUUAAAGUACAGUUUCCUAAUUUUGUUUACUUAUUUUUAAAGUUCUUAUUAUUGCAGACCUUAUCUUUAAAGCAUGAACAACUAUCAGCAUGGUCAUAUCAAAGAAUACAUUUACUUUUUUUCAGAUUUUACAGAAGCACACAUCAUAAAAAUAUAUGGUGUAAAGUCUUUGAAAUAAUUUUCAAAAUGCACAUUUUUUGUUUUGGGGUAAACUAAUUGAUUUUUUGUUAAAAAAAAAA